ACAGAAAUUAUUUUGAAAGCAGCGUUGAACACGGAAGUAGCAAACUCGCACGUUGGAGUACUUCUUGAACUGCAAUCGAGCACACAGAGCAGAGACCUUCAACAUGUCUUACAGCGCAAAGAUAGGUCCGUCCAUCCUCAGCAGUGACCUCGCAUGCCUGGGCAGUGAAUGCGUCCGAAUGAUGGAGUGCGGAGCUGACUACCUGCACCUCGACGUUAUGGACGGUAAUUUUGUCCCCAACAUCACCUUUGGCCAUCCGAUGGUGGAGUGCCUAAGGAACUGCGUGGGGCCAGACCCUUUCUUUGACAUGCACAUGAUGGUGUCGAGGCCGGAGCAGUGGGUGAAACCCAUGGCAGCAGCAGGAGCUAAUCAGUACACGUUCCACCUGGAGACCACUUCUAAUGCUGGAAACCUCAUUAAGGAGAUCAGAGAGAGUGGCAUGAAGGUGGGCCUGGCCAUAAAGCCUGGGACCUCAGUAGAGGAGUUGGCCCCAUGGGCAGGACAGAUUGACAUGGCACUGGUCAUGACUGUGGAGCCUGGCUUUGGAGGCCAGAAGUUCAUGGAGGACAUGAUGCCCAAGGUUAGCUGGCUAAGGAGUCAGUUUCCCUCUCUGGACAUUGAGGUGGACGGAGGAGUGGGUCCCUCUACCAUCCACAAGUGUGCUGAGGCGGGCGCUAACAUGAUUGUGUCGGGCAGUGCGGUGGUGAGCAGCGACGACCCUCGCUCUGUCAUCACAAUGCUGAGGACUGCCGUCUCUGAGGCCAUACAGAAACGCUCACUGGACCGUUGACACGCCCCUGCCUGGCGAUCACCACAGUAAUUCCUCACACCAGAACGCCAUAGCAACAUGCUAAUACACCCUAAAGUGGGACAGUCAAUAGAUGUUUCUCUUUGGUGGUCAGGGAGGGGUGUGGAAGUUGGUGCUCUGCAGACGGGUGUGCUGAUGUCACAGGUUGAUCCAGUGAAGCUGCGGCCCUGCCCCUCAAUACCCCAGAACAUCAGAACCAACCCCAAAUCCCCACACUCAGCCAGGAUCACUACUCAACCAAUGAUUUAACCACCUACCAGCUUAGGCCUGUGGAUAAAUUAACACUUUAAUGAGAGUGGAACAGUGGUUACGUUGAUUGCACACAAUAAUUGUAAACAUUCCUGAAUAUGUUUUGGAAUACUGUUAUGUCGAACUAAUGAUAAAGAAUGUCUGACAAAAAAAUGUAA